GGGGUGUAGGCAAAAAAUCCUAACGUCACUGCCUGCCAGUGAGAGGCAGAAGCUGUGCGAGUUUGUCCCGAGUCCGCAGUGGUGAUUUAUUAAGCAGACGAAAGUGAAAAUCGAUUGGACUCACGCGAAGUGAAAAAGUGCGAGGACAGUGAAAUUACGGGCGUGAGACCAUUCUCAGCCGCCGAAGAUGGACCGGAGCAAUCGAAGCAAAUCUCAGAAAGCUCUAAACGAAUGUGUAAAAGUCAUAGUACGAUGCCGCCCCAUAAGUAAAAAGGAAAAGGCUUGUGAUGGGGCUUCACAGGUUGUAUCUACAUAUCCGCGGCGCGGAGUUGUCGAAAUACAAAACCCUAAUGAAGCCAACAAGGAGAAUCGCAAAACUUUCACAUACGAUGCCGUUUACGAUCACUCAUCAACACAGAAAAACAUAUACGAUGAGAUAGUGCGCCCUCUGGUUACAAGCGUUUUGGAGGGAUUCAAUUGUUGUGUUUUUGCUUACGGCCAAACAGGUACAGGCAAAACGCAUACAAUGGAAGGCAUACGUGGUGAUGAGGAACAAAAAGGCAUCAUUCCCCGCACAUUCGAACAAAUUUGGUCACACAUUAGUCGAGCGCAAAACUUGAAUACAUUUUUGGUGUCUGUUUCCUAUCUUGAAAUUUACAUGGAGGAGCUACGCGAUUUAUUGCAGCCAAAUUGCAAAACACUUGAACUUCGAGAACGCGAAAAAAUGGGGGUCUAUGUUCCCAAUUUGCAUUCAGUAACAUGCAAAAGCGUCGAAGAUAUGAUAACUGUGAUGAAUCAGGGCAAUAAAAAUCGAACCGUUGGGUUUACAAACAUGAACGAACACAGUUCUCGAUCACAUGCGAUUUUUAUGAUAAAAAUUGAAAUGUGCGAGACGGAUUCGAAUACAGUGAAGGUGGGCAAAUUGAACCUAAUCGAUUUAGCAGGCAGCGAACGUCAAUCAAAGACUGGAGCAACGGCAGAACGUCUAAAGGAAGCGAGCAAAAUCAACCUAGCACUUUCAUCUUUGGGCAAUGUGAUAUCAGCGUUAGCUGAAAAUUCCCCCCACAUUCCGUAUCGUGAUUCGAAAUUGACACGACUGCUUCAAGACUCUCUUGGUGGUAAUUCGAAAACCACCAUGAUAGCGAAUAUCGGCCCGUCUAGUAUUAAUUAUAACGAAACUUUAACUACUCUACGAUAUGCUAGUCGAGCUAAAGCUAUUCAGAACAAACCUAUCAAAAACGAUGAUCCACAAGAUGCUAAAUUGAAACAGUAUCAAGAAGAAAUUGCCAGGUUGAAGCAGCUGAUUGCAGACAGGCAGAAGGUCGAGCGAAGUACGGUGCGAAAGAAGACAAAGACAGUUGUUAAGAAAGCUGCGAAAUCUCCGGAAGUGGAAGAACCAGCCGAAGACGAGGCCGAUAAUGAUGAAAAUAAUGAUAUGAGUGCCGUGAUUGCCAUGGAUGCAGAAUCCAAAGUAGCAUUGGAGCGAGAACGAGAAAUCACUUCACAAUUGGCUACUAAAUUAAAUGAAUUGGAAGGCCAGUUGGUUCGAGGAGGUAGAAAUAUUCUUGACACGUACACAGAGCGACAAAUUGAACUAGAAAAGCGGUUGGAGGAAAUAGCCGAACGAAAAAGACGGGAAGUGGAAAUGCAGCAACAACUUGAACUUCAGGAGGAAACGACUCUUGAAAUCUUGGGGACAGUAACUUCAUUGGAACAGGAAGUUGAACUGAAAACAAGGAAACUGUCGAAGUGUUAUAACAAAUACAUGGCGCUGCAGCAAGAACUAAUCGAUACCAAAAAUGAGCACAACCGUGACUUACGUGAGCUGGAAAUGACACAAAACGAACUAAUCAAAGAGCUGAAACGUUUACUCCUCAUUAUUGACAAUUUCGUGCCGGUCGAAGUGAAAAACCGUUUAUACACACAGGCACGCUAUGACGAAGAACAAGAAGAAUGGAAAUUAUGUGCAAAUAAUAUGAAUGACAACUGCUUAAUGCGGCGACCCGUUUCUUAUUCAGGACGAAGACGACCUAUCUCUGAGUUCGCAUUGCAAGAGGCAAAGAAGAGCAAUGUAGAGUCCGUUCGUUACAAGGGCGAGAAUAUUGUCAACUAUGAACUGGAUAUGCCCUGUCGGACGACGCACGAAUAUCAGAGCCCGAAAGUGUCAGCAUCGCUUCAAGCUGUUCUGGCCGAGGCAAUGAGGACUGACGAUGAUAUUGACAUAACAGAUAACGGUUUUAAUAAUAGUAUUCGAAGCCGACUAGACCGAAUAAUUAACCAGAGCGCACAAACUCCUACACAAAACGGAGUGAGGACCAUAAAGUCAUCAAAGAUUGAGAACAGCAAACGACAUAGUGCUAUCAAAAAACCGGCGUCGGCCUAUCCUAAAGCACGGGGUCUUGUCAAUAAGUAAACUAAGACUUUUGUAUUAGCCCUCUAAUAAAAGUAAAGUAUUUUUUAAUUCGUAAACUAAACCAAAAAAAAAAGAGUAAAACCGAACAAACCACAUAAAGAGCAACGUGCUGACAUUAAGGGAUGAACACGAGGAAGAAACCAAGAUAUAAUUUCAAAAUUUGAUAAAAAUAUCAUUUUUCGCUAAGUAAAUUAAUUCUGCCUAGCUUUAGUGUUGAUUGUGCGCAUAAUUGCGGGUAAACCAAAGCUCCUAUCUUGCCCAUUACUAUGAUCUUGAUUAAUCACGUAGUCGUAUGUACUGUAUUAAAUUAUUAACUAUUACGAGAAAAUAUCUACGCAAGAAAAACCGAAGACUAUUGGGAUCUGUUAAAUUUAUUUAUGAUUAUUUUUUGUACAGUUGUAAAUUUAAUUUAAUGUGAUCGUUUUAUUAUACAACUUAUAUAUAUUAAAAACAAUCUAGUUAAAUAUUUAUUUAUAUUAUUUAUUUCGUGUUUAAGUAGGUGACAUUUACAUACAACAUUUAAUUUCCAAUGUAUUUUCUUAAUGCAUUUCGAAUCUGUACUUCGAUUAUCGCUACAACUUUCGAAUGUAUGAUUUGACUCCUUUGCGAUAGCUUUUUCCUCUCCAAACGAAUUCGAAAGGAGACCAGAACCCAAUCUGCCCAUCGCAAGGAAUUGUGAGCAUUGUUUUUGCACAAAAUAUAGAAUGAGAUAAGAUAAGCUUUUAAAAGUGCCGGCAUUGGAGGGGGUUGACAGGUCAAAAUGUUCAAUUACGAAAAGAUACUCCACAGAGAUAAAAGAUGAAUAUGACGAGUUAAAAUAGAAAUUUGUAUUUUGAUUAAAUAUUGAAAUAGGCAAAUCCGAUGAACUAAUUCAGUCAAUCAGGGAAGACGGCAAAAUUUUAAUUGUUGAUAUAAUUAAUAUUCAGAAUAAAAUGAAAGUUUAUAAUUGCUUAGUCAAAAAAUAGA